AUGACUACAAGCAGUAGUCUUAUUAGUGUUGUCACAAUACAUCUUACAAUUCACAGGGAUAACGUAGAUCUCAAAAUAGACUUCCCUUUUGAUACAAGAACUGAUAAUAUCGAUGAAAUUGUUUCAGAAUUAGCCAAAGAAUGCUCAUUAUCAGAUCCAGAAAGAGAAGAAGUGAAAAACUUAAUACAGACACAGAUAAUUAAGGCGCAGAAUGGUGCCAAUAUGUCUAUUCCAAAAGUAGAUUCAUUUGAUAACGUUACAUCAGAGCCUGAUCUAUUAGAUAGCUCAGAUGAUGAAAUAAUAAACGAUCCUGAAUACCAGGCAUUGCUUGAGAGACAAAGAAAAGAAAUAGCCGCAAUGGAAGAGAAUCAUCUCAAGCAGCAACGCGCAUUAGUUAAUGGUAAUCUUACUCCAUCUAGUACUCCUAAGACCUGUGAUGAUCUCAUUGUUUUCAGUUAA